AUGAGCAAAAUCCUCCGUUUGACCCUAUUUAAGAUCCCCGAUCCCACCCACGUUCAAGAGGCCAUUGCGAAAUACUCUAGUCUGAGCAAAGACGCUGUCAAAAAUGGCAAGCCCUACAUCACGAGCGCGAGCGCAAACCCUACACAUGCCGACCCCCGCAACAAAGGCUACACACUGAUAGCGCGGACAAGCUUCGAGAGCAAGGCGGAUAUGGAUUUUUAUGACAACGAAGACGAGGCGCAUGGACAGAUCAAGGCCUAUUUGAAAGGGAAGGUUGUGGAUGGGCCGCCGCUUGUAGUGUACAUGGAUGUGUAGAGUGCCGGUAAAAAAGAGAAGGGAGGGAAGUGGAAGAUGUGGAUUGAGAAGAAACCAAAAAAAGUAGUGAAUAAAGGUAUUUCUUCUCUUAGUCCUGACCAAGAAGGACCUUGGGAGGCAUGGGCAACGUAACUGAAGGAAUGAACCCAGUAUGAAUAUGAAAAAAAAAAAAUUGAUGGCACCAGAUGGCUAGUAUUAUCUAUCGACUCGUCUGUAUCUUGAGAAGUUGUAGACAUAUCCUCCGAUCG